AUGACUGAGCGACUUCACUUCCACUUUUCACUUUCAUGCACUGGAGAAGGAAAUGGCCCCACUCCAGUGUUCUUGCCUGGAGAAUCCCAGGGACGGGGGAGCCUGGUGGGCUGCCGUCUAUGGGGUCGCACAGAGUCGACACGACUGAAACGGCUUAGCAGCAGCAGCAGCACAUCUGAACUGCUUCCUGCAGGAGAGGUCCCUGCAGGGAUCAAGGCGCCCUCUGGUGGUCAUCUGUGGAACUUUCCUCUCCGCCUCAGGAUUCUGAGCAGAGCUCCUGAUUUGAUAUUCUGGACAGUGCACUGGUUGGCUGUACCUAGAUCAUGUGCUCAGGCCCAUCCUCAAAGGAGACUAAGAAAAAUCUGGAUCCUAGACAGAGAGAACCCCAACACUUCUGAGUACUGUCAGCUGGUUGCCAAGUUGGGACACCUCAUCUCAGAGCCGUACCUGUACUUGCAGAAACUGGAGGAUUCUGACAUGGAAAAUUCGGAGAAUUUUGACAUGGGAUUUAUCCAGGAAAGUUUGGUUUAUCUACUUUGUGUCUACUGUAUACCUUCUGGAAUGCUGUGA